CACGUCAUACACUACUAUACUACGCAAGUGAUACUGACACAGCAGUCAUCGUAUUUAUUUUUUAAAGAAUGAAAUAAUCGAUGACUUUGUAAUCAAUCUCUUUUCUACAUUAGAGAGCUUUAAAUGAUUUUAAAGAGACAGCCAGUGAAUUGUUGAAUUAAAACCUCAGAUUUAUGACUAGUUCAUUAUCAGUUUAAAAAGCCAUUUUACAAUGAUGUGGCUCAAUUAGUUUUCAACAACAAUCAUGCCUUGUAUCUGUACCAAGUUAUAGUCCAAAUUUUAUAGCUGUACAUAGAAAUUUUCUUCAUGGAAUUGGUGUGAGGUCAUCACUGCAAAAUGUAUACUUUGUUGUCCGGUUUUUACAAGUACAUGUGCCAGCGUGAUCAAUACUUUGUGCUUAUCUUAGGGCUGGACAAUGCUGGUAAAACAACAUUCUUAGAGCAGACCAAGACCAAAUUUAACAAAAAUUACCAAGGAAUGAACCUGGCCAAAAUUACAUCUACAGUUGGAUUGAACAUUGGAAAAAUUGAUGUCGGCACGUCACGACUAAAUUUUUGGGAUUUGGGUGGACAGGAGGAGCUUCAGUCGUUAUGGGACAAGUAUUAUGUUGAGUCUCAUGCUGUGAUCUAUAUAGUGGAUUCAUCAGACAGGGAAAGGGUGGAGGAAUCUAAAGAUGCAUUUGAGAAGGUGGUUAUGAAUGAUAACCUUACUGGUGUUCCCCUGAUGUUACUAGCCAACAAACAAGACUUAGAGGGUUGUUUAAAGGUAACAGAGGUGAAGACAAUUUUUAACUCCCCCCUUCAGUCCAUGGGGCAGAGAGAGUCAUGGGUUCAGGGAGUUUCAGCACUCAAAGGUGAUGGUGUCCAGGAAGGAAUAGACUGGCUUGUCGAGGCGAUCAAACGAAAUAGCACCAUGCGACCACCUCAGCAGAAGGAAAUUACUUGAUAUUUUAAAGCCAUUGUCAUUUCAUAAUUGCACAAAUCAGUUUUUUUCAAGUUGAACGUAAACUAGUAAAAAAAAAAAAUAAAGGGAAAUUAUAAGUCAAACAAAGUUGAAAAACAAUUGAUUUACGAUUUUGUGCUUUCGCCAGUUUAUAAAAACCACCAAAAAGCUUUUUGUUUCGUUUAAAAUGACAGUUUUGAUUUAAUGAAAAUUAAAUUAUUCCUUGAAGCUGUUAACCAUCCUAUUGUAUAUAUUGUAUGUGGGGGUCAGAGUUUUUAAAACAACUUCACUUCAUGCAAACUGGAACUAGUCUGUAUUUUAUAUUGCUAGAGACACUCAUGUUUUAAUACUUGUGUAUACCACUCAAUUGUAAAUUAUGAGCCUAUGUUCACUUAUGUUGUAUACCCUAAUAAGCAGUGCAGAUAGAUGAAUUAUAGUUUUGUAUAAAACCUAUGUUCACUUAUGCUGUAUACAGUUAUAAGCUGUGCAGAAAGAUGAAUUACAGUUUUAUAUAAAACCUAUGUUCACGUUCGUUGUAUACACUAAUAAGCUGUGCAGAAUUUUAUAUAAAACAGCAAUAGACACCAAAUGAGUUUUUGUUUCUAAUUUAAUAACUUGUACCUCGAAUGUACUUGUUGACCUGUAGAUACUGAAGGCCAUGUAUUAUUCCAUGUAAGUGAAUAAUGAUCUCUAUUUUAAAGAGGCAGUUUUUAUACAAUGUAUAUUUGAUAAGGUAUUGAUGAAUUUGUUCUUGUAAUCUUUUUAAUAAUUGUGCAUUUUCCAACAUAGAGUUAAAGGUUAUAUUGGUACUUCAAUGAUACAUUUUGUGUUGAUCAUUUUUAACUAAGACUUUACACUUUUUUUUGCCCUCUCCAUGAAACCAUUCCAAAUUUUAAAAAUGAUUUUAUUCAAGGGGGAAUAAACAAUUUGCCCCCAUUUUUUUUGUAAUUUAGGUUUUUCUGUCUAUAACAAUUUAAAGUGUUCAAACUUAUUGUACAUGAAUACAGGAAAGUCAAAUGAUUUGAUUCCUAUAAUUUUCUUGUGCAUGUUUCUGACAUUGUCUCACUCUUUAAAAAAAAAAACACCCACAUUAUGUGCUUACUAAUCAUCAAAGUUUUCUUCUUAUGAUAUUACUUAAAAAGGUGAUAAGUCUGCCUUAUAUGUGAUUGCAAGGGUGGCAUUUCUUAAAUGACAUUUUCUUUAUCUUGUGCUGUACAUUAACAGAUUACCUAAUUGUUUAAAUAGUGUUACAACUAUUUGAUUUUAAUCCAAUUUUUUUUCUCCCCCAAAAUCUUCAUAGAUAACACAUCCAGACAAGAGAGCAAUUAAUGCUAGAACAGUCGAUAAAUCAUCUAGUGGGUUUAAAUUAAAAACCUUCCAUAACCUGUGUGUAAAUAAGAAAGGGCUUAUCCUCAUGUUUUGAUCUUAAAAGCUGUAUGUAAUUAAUGAUGUACAGUUUGAUGUAUGAUACAUGUUGUUUUCAGACAUGGCAAAUAAAAUGGUGAUAUUGU